GUCUAGUCCAGACUCAAGAAAGCUCAUUUCCCACCAGGGCCAAUCCGUUCAUAUGACGGGCCAAUCCGUCGGCAGCUCUACCCACCGAGGAUGCUCACGCCGGGCCUCUAUUGGAUUUUGCCGGGUUGAAUGGCACUGGCCGCGGUCAUUAAUCUGAUUUUGCCCCCCGUUGCUCAUCUUUUACUGGACCGGUCAUGGGGACUGGGUUCCAUUGUCCAGUGUGAAUGCACUAUGCAGUGCAUAUCUGCUAGCCAAUACCGGGUUAGACCACGAAUGACUAUUGCUAUGACGGAUCUUGCUGGUUCUAUCUGGUAUGGUCUGGUCUUGGGAUCUUGCCCACAUGCCGGGAUUGUUCCAUUUCCCUAGGCACUUCGUAGACAACCCGACAUCCGAGGAGAGGACCAGGGGGGGGAAAGGCAUGAAUCAUGGAGCAUCCGGCAGUUCACCGCGGAAAAUACCUGAUUGGGAGAGUUGAGGGGGGUUUUCCAUGCUCGGGGACCACGGUUCUUCCCAAGGAGGACAAGACCAGGACAAGAUGGAUAGACCGGCAAAAAGAAAGGGAAAAAAUCUGAUAGAGAGUACCAGACUCUGGCGGUACCACCCCGAAUCGACACACAAUGGCGCACAUACCAGAGACCCUCUUGGCAGCUCAUCCCCGUGGGACCGGAGAAGAGAGAAAAAAUUAAAAAAAAAAUACGAGGACGUCUGUCUCUCGUUGGAAUUGUGGACACUGCGGCUUUCCACACCGAGGCCCUUCACUAAAUGGCACAGUGAAACCCGAAUUCUCAUGGGAAACCACUGCCUCCGUCGAUCAGGAACAUCCGACGGUGCCGAUAUACUUUCGGCCAAGGGAAUGAAUUUUCUGAGGGAGUGUCCAACAGCAGGGGAAUGUGCAACAACCACCACCACCACCAAGACCCCGUCGUCAAAACAUAGUAUACACUUACGCAGUGAAGAGAAAGGGGCUGUCAAUCAUUCCCGGGGAGGAAGUUCCAACCAACCGCCAUCAACCAUCACCAGCCAUCGGCAUCAACCAACGAUGGCCGACGGCCGCGACAGAAAGGAGCUUUGCUAGUGGCCCGCUGUCAAUAAUACUGGCGCCUAUAGCAUUCCAUCAUUUGUGGUC